AUGAAAGAAGACUUACCUAAUGAGUUGGCGAAUACCCUUGGGGCCUCAUCGCCCGAGAUAUUCGCUAACUUGUUACCACAGAAAUGUAGUUCAAUUGCCACUGAACUGCCCUUGAAAAUCUCAGAGGGUGUGCGCGUGCGCAAAAGAUCUUCAGAUAUACAGUCGAAUUUUGACUCGAGUGGCGAUAGUGUGGAAAAUGGAACGAGCCUUGAUAAGUCCUGUAGUGUUCGGGGAAAGCAUGUAAAUACACAUCCGAAUGCAAGAUCGUGUGGUAAAAUGGGAAAUAGCAUGCGGCCGAGGUCUCUGUUGGUACCAUCGCAUGCAGAGUUUGUGGAAUUGGUGAUAAACAUCGGGAACUGGACAAAUGGAAAGUCAUUCACCGGCGCAGAUCUGGUGGCAUGGUUGAUGAGAACAAAU